CCACUAUCCACUGCUCGCGUGGCAAGCUUUCCGCCCGACACGACGACGUCCGAAGCGAGACCAGCGAUCGGGAUCAUGGCCACUCGCCUCGACCGACUCGUCUCGCUUCUCGAUACUGGAUCAACUCCGGCUAUCAAGGGUACGGCCGCUCGCCAACUGGGCCAGAUCGCUAAUCAGCGAGUCAGAGGUGGGGCGAAUCAGCCGCAGCCUCCACCGCCCCAACAGACGCAACACCAGCAUACGUCAUCCGCACCUUCUUCUUCAGCCUCUUCGCCUGCCCCUACCAAUGGCCACACCCAUGCGCCAGCGUCCUCGUCUUCAUCGCAUACGUAUCACGGCUCAAAGGGCCAAUGGGACGAGGCGUUGCACCUCUGCUCCCGCGUAGUACCCUUCCUACACUCUCGCUCGUGGGACACUAGAGAAGCAGCCGCCCUAGCCAUUGAAUCGAUCUGCAGAGGCGCAGGAGUUUGGUCUGCCGACGAUGACGUGAACACCGAACAGGACGGGUCGACAAGCCGCAUCAAAUCGGAGCAAGAUGGCGAAGCAUUGGCACCAAUGUCGCAGGACGACCUGGCUACUCUCGAAGACUUUCAACUAGAUCGCGUUCUAUCCAAUGGCGUCAAGCUCCUCUCUUCAGCCGGCAAAGAGUACAACAUUUUCACGUCAGGAGGCAAUGUUGCUGAUCACCUGGCGCAGGCGAAGGCAGACAUGGCCAAGAUGGGACUGGGCGGGCUAGGCGGAGUCGAGAUGGACCUGGGCCUUGACUUUGAGGCUGAGCUCAAGCAGGGCGCCACGGCUUCUUCGCACGGCUUCAAGACAUCACCGCCUGCAGCGUCACCUAAGCUUCCGCCCCCCAAGUUCGCGCCGCAACCGGCUGGUACAUCGAUCAGCAGGUUCGCGGGCUCCCCCGGCGCCGUAAAACAAGAGUCAACGCCGGGGAUCAAGCAAGAGCCUACUCCUGGAGUCAAGUCACCGUCAUCCAGCGGGCCCAGGUCGCCCGCCGACCCUGAGCCGCCGGAGAUCGACAUGAGCAAGCUGAGCGCGCGAGAGCGCAAUCAGCUGAAGCGUAAGCGCAAGCUCGAGGGCAAGUCGGGAGACACGCCCAAAGACGAGAAGACGCGAGUCGUAGAUGGCGACGAUGCGCAAUCACUUUCGCAGGCUACUGGGCUACGGCUCAAGACGCCAGCCACUUCCAGCUCAAACAGUGGCGGCGACUAUUUUGGCUCUGCAGCGACGAAGGCAGGCGCAACAAGUACACCAGCGGCUUUUGCAGGCACCGCAGCACACGUCUCUCUUGUUGCGCCCGCCGGAGAGUGGCCCUUCACCCACUUGACUUCGGUUCUCCUCGCGGACCUCUUCUCUGCAAAAUGGGAAGUUCGUCAUGGCGCUUGCCUGGCGCUUCGAUCGAUCUUCUCCGUUCAAGGUCACGGUGGAGGCAUGUCAUUGCUCGCCGCCUCUGCCACGUCCAACCGUCAGCGCAAAGCCAAGUGGGCCGAAGAUGCAGCGGUCAAGCUUCUGUGCCUCCUCUGCCUGGACCGACUCAGCGACUUUGUCUUUGAUCAAGUCGUCGCUCCAGUGCGAGAGGUCGGUGCUCAAGCACUUUCAGCCCUGCUUCCUCACCUAUCUGCAGACUCGCGCUCUUGCGUGCGCGAACAGCUAAUGGCCAUGACCAAGCAGGCGGUCUACCUUCCGCCAAACAGCGGCCGUGAGCACGCCCAGAGGGGAGAUGCCGGCUACGCCUGGGAAGUCCGUCACGCUGGACUGAGUGGGUUGCGUUGGCUGGUUGAGGCAGACACCGCAGCAGGCACUGCAUCGCAAGACGCCCUCACGUCUGUCUCCUCCAUUGCCGUGGCCUGCUUGCGUGACAGCGACGACGAUAUUAGGGCCGCCGCCUCUGCCGUUCUACUCCCACUCGCCUCCGAUGUGCUAGUCAGUGACCUCAGCGCCAUGCUUCCAUCCCUCCUGCAGACGCUGUGGGACUGCCUUGGCGAAGUCAAGGACGACCUCAAUAGUUCUACAGGCAGCGUAAUGGACCUCCUCGCUCGUCUCGUCAAGCAUCAAGCGGUCCGCGAGAUGCUCCAUGCCAAGUCGGCGAAGCCACUCUCUGCGUUGAUCCCGCUCAUCUACCCCUUCUUCCGCCAUACGAUCACCUCCGUACGACUCUCCGUCGUUCGCACUCUGCGCGUGUUCCUCGAUGGUCAGUCAGCGCCGAAAGCCUGGCUCGAUGAGCGGGUCUUCCGCCUUCUCUUCCAGAACCUCAUCGUCGAGGAAAAGAUGCAAAUCCGAGACGAGACAACAGCGGCUUGGCACUCAGCAGUGACAUCUGUAGAGACUGCCCGCUUGCACGAGCUGCUCCGUCCUCACCUCGGCCACUUCGCAACAAUUCUCAUGACGCCCCUCGGUGUAGCUUUUGAUUUCAGCCUUUUCUACGACGCCUCGCGGCCGACAGCAAGCCAAGGCGAGGCAAGAUACAACGUCGACAAGUCCAUCCUCGCACAGGAUCUCUCACUAGUCGGCGUAGACACAGUCAUUCGAGGCCGAUUGGGCGCUACUCAUGCUCUUGGUCAGCUGUUCGCGCGCCUACCGGCAGAUGACGCCCUCCCCCUCGUCAGCUACCUCGACUCGCAGUCUGCGCUUCAGAAGUGCCUUGCGGCGUACGUCGUUCAAGAGUGGGCCAGCAUCAGCCCUGAUGUCGCCACAACGAGCGAGGUCGGCAAAUCGCUCAGCACCAGACUGCUCGCCAUCAUCGAAGGUCCGCCGCCGCCGACGUGGAGUGAGAUGGCUGUCCAGCUUAGCCGCAUUCAGCUCGACUGCCAGUCGCUUUACAAAGCGUUCAUGUCCGAGGGCAAAGUCAGCAAAGCCAAAAUCCCCGAGCUUCCCACCGGUGUCGACCCCACUGGUGAGCGCAAGGAUGCCUUCACGGCCGAGACCGCCGAGAGAGUUGUUACGCGAGACUACGAAGCUCUGCUGGGCGCAGUCGGUCCGAAGAUUCGAAAGACGGCGACCCCUGUUCUAGAAGACCGCCGCCGCAAGAUCAUCGCCAGCAUCGGCUUCUACCGCGACGCCAAAGACAAGCAAGAUACUCAAGUCAUGGCUGCCGUAUCUGCCGCCGUCAUCUCGCUCAAGACAUUGCCCGCCAAGCUUAACCCGCUCAUCCGCAGCAUCAUGAAUAGUGUCAAGUUUGAGGACAACGCGGACCUGCAGGCGAGGUCAGCUAAAGCCGUCGCUGAUUUUGUUGCGCAUUGUCGUCGACCUGGAUCGCAUGCAGACCCCUCGUCGAAGAUCAUCAAGAAUCUGUGCGCAUUUGUCUGCCAGGAUACGACGCAGACGGCUGUCUUUGCCUCGCACAAGAGCGUAGAAGAGGGCAUCAUGAGCCACGCGCAGGAGGUCAGCCUUCCGGCGAGGGGCGGUAAGGCUGUUGCUGAGGCGAUGGAGUCAGAAGAGACCCGCCAAGGAAAGCUCAUUCGUCGCGGUGCCGAAGUCACGCUUCAAGAAAUGGCCUCGCGCUUUGGGCAGGAGUUAUUCUCCAUAGCACCAGCUCUGUGGGAGGGCAUGACUGCCACGCUUAAAGAAGUGUUCGCGCAAGGCUCGGCGAGCGCUGAUGAGAUCCUGUCAAAGGAGGAGGCACGGGGACAAGGCGUCCUUGACUGCUGCACCCUUGUAGCCACGGUCAGCAGUCGCCUAUCCUCGACGCACGACGACAGAAUCGAGUCGCUCCUUCCACUCCUCACCGCUGCGUUGCAAAGCAAGCUCGCCGUCAUUCGAUCAGCAGCAGCACGUUGCCUCAGCAGCCUGGCCGACUCGAUGACGCUCCCCACGAUGAUCCACGUCGUCCGCAACGCUCUGCCCCUCCUCGGCGACUCGCGCAGCGUCACUAAUCGCCAAGGCGCCAUCGAGGUGCUCAGCCAGAUCGUCACUCGCCUGGACAUCAAGCUUCUACCCUACAUCAUUGUCCUCGUCGUACCCGUUCUCGGCCGUAUGAGCGAUUCAGACGAAGCUGUGCGCUUGGCUGCGACAAGCACCUUUGCUGCCCUGAUCAAGAUGGUGCCCCUCGAGGCUGGUCUGACCGACCCUUCUGGCUUUCCUGAAGAUCUCCUACGUCGACGCGACGAGGAGCGCACCUUCCUCUCGCAGCUCCUCGAUGGCAGCAAGGUCGAGCCCUAUCAACUGCCGGUCAAGAUCAAUGCCGACUUGCGCAAAUACCAACGCGAGGGUGUCAGCUGGAUGCACUUCCUGUCUAAAUUUCAGUUGCACGGCGUGCUCUGCGACGACAUGGGUCUGGGCAAGACGUUGCAGUCGAUCUGUAUCCUGGCUGCCAAGCAUCACGAGCGUGACGAGCGCUACAAGGCUACGCAGGCCCCUGACAGCGCACCGCUCCCCUCGCUGGUGAUUUGUCCACCUACGCUCACCGGACAUUGGGUACACGAGAUCCAGCAGUACUCGACGAAUCUCAAGCCACUGCUCUACGGAGGAGGCCCCUCAGAACGUGCAGCUACCUGCAAGCAAAUCGCACGCCACGAUGUCGUCGUCAUGUCUUACGACGUGGUCCGCAACGACAUUGCCGCUCUCUCAUCGCUCAACUGGAGCUACUGCAUCCUCGACGAAGGCCACAUCAUCAAGAACGCCAAGACGAAGACGACGAAAGCAGUCAAGCAGAUCAAGGCCAAUCAUCGUCUCAUCCUCACGGGCACUCCGAUCCAGAACAAUGUGCUGGAGCUCUGGUCGCUCUUUGACUUCUUGAUGCCUGGGUUCUUGGGCACAGAGCGAGCCUUCCACGAACGCUUCGGCAAGCCCAUCGUGGCAACUCGCGAGGGCAAAGCGUCAGCCAAGGAGCAAGAGGCUGCCGCGCUUGCACUUGAGUCGCUGCAUAAGCAGGUUCUCCCCUUCUUGCUGCGUCGUCUCAAAGACGACGUCCUCGACGACUUGCCGCCCAAGAUCAUCCAGGACGUCGAGUGCGAGCUCGGCGUGAUCCAGAAGAAGCUCUACGAUGAGCAUGCGAGAGCGGAGAAUGGCGAAGGCGACGCAGUGGAUGAGGCACUUCAGGAGACCGCCGCACCACAGCAGCCUCAUGUCUUCCAGACGUUACAAUACUUGCGCAAGCUCGUCAACCACCCUGCCCUUGUGUACGACCCUGCCAAGCAGUCACACCUUGACAUCGUCGACGAUGAGUUGCGCAGGACCAAGUCGACGCUGCGGGAUAUCCGUCACGCCCCGAAGCUAGCGACACUCAUGCAACUCCUCCAAAGCUGCGGUAUCGGCAAGAUCGGCGACCCUUCCGAGGUGGCAGCUGAGCCUGACGCUCCAGGUGAGGUUUCAUCACCGCAUCGCGUGCUCAUCUUUUGCCAGAUGAAGCAAAUGCUCGACAUCAUCGAGAAGGACCUCUUUGCACCGCACAUGCCCUCCGUGUCCUACAUGCGGCUCGACGGUUCUGUCCCUGCGGAGAAGCGCCAGGGGAUUGUCACGACCUUCAAUGCCGACCCGUCCAUCGACGUCCUGCUGCUCACCACCUCCGUGGGCGGUCUGGGGCUUACGCUCACGGGCGCCGAUACGGUCAUAUUCGUGGAGCAUGACUGGAAUCCCAUGAGAGACCUGCAGGCCAUGGAUCGUGCGCAUCGACUGGGGCAGAGGAAGGUGGUCAAUGUGUACAGGCUGAUUACGAGGGACACCCUCGAGGCGAGGAUCAUGGGUCUUCAGCAGUUCAAGUUGAACGUAGCCAACACAGUCGUGGGUCAGCAGAAUAAGGAUCUGGAGAGUAUGGCGACGGAUCAGGUGCUCGACCUCUUCGGAGGAGCCGGAGGAGGGGGUGCUGGUGGGAAGAAGGAGCAAGCGCAGAGCUUGCUUGAGCAGGCGGCGGCUGCUGCGGGCGGGAAGCGCGGUGGCAUCAGCCAAAAGGCGCUGCUGGCCAAUCUGGAGGCCAUGGGCGAUACGGGCGAUGACUAUGCGGGCAUGAAUGAGUGGCGACCGUCGUAAUGCGGCGAGAGAAGGGGUCAAAGGGGUAUAUUGGCGCCACUGUUGGUGUCAGGAUGUAAAUAAGCCUAGCUCUAAAAGUAGCAGGAGCUCGCGCGCUUGACGUGCGCAUUCGUUGUUCAGCCAUCGUAACCAUCGUACUUUCCCUCUCCUUCGCGGACUCAGUGCCGUCAGUCCGUUCUGCUGCGUUUGUCUGACCCCUCUACCUCUUGAAUCGCAU